AUGGGAAUAGAAGAUUAUGAUCCUAACAACUCAAUUAGAAAUUAGGGUACCUAAGGGGAUUAAAUGAAAUUUGAUUAAGAACCUGAACCUCAUAUUUAUUAAAAAUUUGACCCGAAUUCGACCUAAACAAGAGCACUUUUAAGUGUGGAUUAAUCUAGACUCGAGAUUUAUUUAUAAAGACUUUACCAAUCGAGCCGCUGUCAGUUUUUCUAUUUGUUUCUGAUGAUAUUUUCAGUUCUUUUGGUCGUGUUUACUCUAUGGCGUGGCUUCACUAUAGAUUAAAAUCCUAUUUUUAUCCUGUCAGAGAUCCUGCUUAAUGUCAUGAUUCUAGUAGAUUUUACCUUCAGGGUAAAAUUACUAGGCUUUAAGAGAUUUUUUUCUGGUGGUAUUUUGAAUAUUCUUGAUGCUCUAGUUGUGAGUAGUUGCAUAGUUCUAUUUUUCAUUAUUCUCGUUUCUAAAGCGAGUAGUAUGGUCCUUUUCGAAGAACUAAGUGAGGAAUUACUAUUAAUAGUUUGGUCUGUUUUCCAAAUCUUAAGAAUGAUAUUCAUUGCCAAGAAGCAAAACUAAGCGAUCUAAAAUGCUAGAACUCUAAUUGAUUUUUCUCACGUGCUAGAAAGUGAAGGUGGAGGAUAGGGUUAUGACGGGUAAAGAAAUAUGGAUUACCUAGAAAAAGGGGGGUAACCUGACGAGGUUAUAGUUUUUGAUAUGAAGAAUAUGGAAUAAAGACACAAGCAACCUGUUUUAGUUCAUGGCCAAUCAGGUAUAUCUAGUUCAUCAAGGAAAAAGGCUCUGCAUUCUAUCAAAUAAAGUAGGACUUCAAUUAUUCAUGACUCAAUGAGGAUGAAACAGAACAGCCACUACACUUUUAAUGCAGGGGAUGUAGAACUGAAAAACAUGGGUAAAAGUUACCAAAGCUAAGGACUGGGGGGUUAUGAAGAAGAGGACAGUGCUGAUAUGGCUACUGAUAGAGGUCAUUAAGUGUGA